AUGCCGGGCGGCGAGACUUUCCGGGCACUUCGAAUGCUCUCACGCAGCUCAUGCGGCCUUCUCUCGGGCCCUGAGAAUGUGACUCGACGAUGCCUUAUGCGAUCUAUGGCCACGGAUGCCCAGAUCGGCGCUUCAUCCUCUACCGACCCCUCCACGCUUGCGCCCUGGGACCGUCCCGUUAAUGUGAUGACCUACUCCUUCCCUUCAAUGGAGCCUGUACGCCUGGUGAAUUACAGUCAAAAGGAGCUUCAGAUGCCGAUCCGCAAAGAUAUCCUCCAUCGCGCGAUUGUUUACGAGGGUGAUAUGACCCGACAAGGCACAGCUAGCACGAAGUGGAGGGACGAUGUCCACGGAAGUCACAGGAAGGUGCAUCCUCAAAAGGGCUCCGGUCGUGCCCGUGCCGGUGACAAGCAGUCGCCCAUCCGCAGAGGUGGUGGUGUUGCCCACGGUCCUCAUCCUCGGGACUUCUCGACAGAUCUUCCUGCAAAGCUCUACGAUCAGGCGUGGCGCAUUGCAUUGAGUUACCGAUUUCAGCGCGGGGAGCUGAUCGUGAUUGACGACAAGAUCUCUCUGCCAUCGAACUCUACGCCAUACCUGUUGGAGAAGAUUCUCGAGACCAACAACUGGAACACAAAGAAGGGUCGCUCAACGUUCAUCACGUCGGAGGUGGACAUGGACUUGUUUGCGAAGGUUGAGAAGAUGCAACGCUACGCCACGAUCAUGGACCGCAGCGACGUGGACGUGAAGAACUUGCUGGAGACGGCGAGACUGAUCAUCGAGAAGAAGGCGUUGGAUCAGAUUCUCAAGAAGCACUCUCGAGAUUUGAGCAGCCAGCCGGCUAAAGCUCGGUAUCUGUAG